AUGAACAAACCCAUAACAGCUUCAACAUAUGUGCGCUGCCUCAAUGUUGGACUAAUUAGGAAGUUGUCAGAUUUUAUUGAUCCUCAAGAAGGAUGGAAGAAGUUAGCAGUAGCUAUUAAAAAACCAUCUGGUGAUGACAGAUACAACCAGUUUCAUAUAAGGAGAUUCGAAGCAUUACUUCAAACUGGAAAAAGUCCCACUUGUGAAUUACUGUUUGACUGGGGCACCACAAAUUGCACAGUUGGUGAUGUGGAUCUCUUGGUCCAAAAUGAGUUUUUUGCCCCUGCAAGUCUUUUGCUUCCAGAUGCUGUUCCCAAACCCAUUAACACACUGCCUUCUAAAGUCACUGUAACAGUUGAGCAGAAACAGAUGCCUCUCUACGGUUCAAACAGGACAUCUGUGAUGCCCUGUCAGAAUCCUGAACACAACUCUAUGCCACCAGACUCUUCAAGUCCAGAAAGUAAAAGUUUAGAAGUUAGUGAUACACGUUUUCACAGUUUUGCGUUCUGUGAAUUGAAGGAUGUUACAAAUAACUUUGAUGAGCGACCCGUUUCUAUUGGUGGUAACAAGAUGGGAGAGGGAGGAUUUGGAGUUGUGUAUAAAGGCUACGUGAACAACAGGGCUGUUGCAGUGAAGAAGCUUGCAGCAGUGGUUGACAUUAGUACUGAAGAACUGAAACAACAGUUUGAUCAAGAAAUAAAAGUACUGGCAAAGUGUCAGCAUGAAAACUUAGUAGAACUACUUGGUUUCUCAAGUGAUGGAGAUGACCUCUGCUUAGUAUAUGUUUACAUGUCCAAUGGUUCACUGCUAGACCGACUGUCUUGCUUGGAUGAUACUCCACCACUCUCUUGGUACAUGAGAUGCAAGAUUGCUCAGGGUGCAGCUAAUGGCCUCAGUUUUUUACAUGAAAACCAUCAUAUUCAUAGAGAUAUUAAAAGUGCAAAUAUCUUAUUAGAUGAAGACUUUACAGCCAAGAUAUCUGACUUUGGGCUUGCACGGGCUUCUGAGAAGUUUGCCCAGACAGUCAUGACUAGCAGAAUUGUGGGAACAACAGCUUAUAUGGCACCUGAAGCUUUGCGAGGAGAAAUAACACCCAAAUCUGACAUCUACAGCUUUGGUGUGGUUCUAUUAGAAAUAAUAACUGGACUUCCAGCUGUGGAUGAACACCGUGAACCUCAGUUAUUGCUAGAUAUUAAAGAAGAAAUUGAAGAUGAGGAAAAAACAAUUGAAGAUUAUAUUGAUAAGAAGAUGAAUGACACUGAUUCCACUUCCAUUGAAACUAUGUACUCUGUUGCCAGUCAGUGUCUGCAUGAAAAGAAAAAUAAGAGACCAGACAUUAAGAAGGUUCAACAGCUGCUGCAAGAAAUGACAGCUUCUUAA